AUGUCGCGUCGGCCGGGCUUGUUGAGCUUCGACCCUGAGGACGACGAGGAAGAAAGCUCGUCUCCCGCUUCCUCGGCGAAGAAGCGGUACACGCCGACGACUGCAGGCGUCACCAAGAGCGUCUCGCCCUUUUCUUCGCCUUUGUCUUCGUCGCCGUUCUCCUCGUCUUCUUCCUCGUCUCCCGCGCGAGAGAAGAGAGAGAGAGAGCGACAGCGACGGCACGACGAGCGGAAGAAGCGCGGCAGCCGCAGCCGCAGCGGGUCAGGCGCCCGCAGCGUCUCAGAGAAGAAGCGCGAACGCGUCAAGGACCCGAGCGCGGGCGAGCCGCAAAGCGGAGACUGCGCGUCGCACGAGUCGCGGGAGCGGCGGCGCCAGAAGGGACGCCAAGACGCGCGCAGAGGGGAGGCGAAGUCUGCGCACGAGCGAGAGAGACGGCAUAGCGACUCUGGGGAGACGCGCAGCUCGCGACUCGAGCGGGAGAGAGAACACGAUCGCGAAGAGCGCGGUCGCAGCGACUCCGAGGACGCAGCGAGGCGGCGGGCAGCCGACGGCGGCGGAGGUUCAGACGGAGCGACGCCUGCCGCCAGCCAGCGAAAGAGCGCCUCCGGAUUCAAGAAAAUGGGGGAGUUGACGCGCGCCAAGUUCCUCGUGGAACAGCAGCAGGAACAAGAAGAAAAACGCCUUCAGCACAAAAAGGAACUUCAGUCGGAGCACAUCCUCGAGAGGGUGCUCGGCCGCGCGAGGGCCUCCAGUCGCGCGCAGAGACGCGAACCCUCUACUAUGUCGCUGCAUGAGCGCGCGUCGUUCGCGUCCUUUUCGGCGGAGGCGGCGCCGACGUCUCCGCGAUAUGACAGAGACCUGAGUCGGCGCUCUUCUUCGUCCUCACCGCCUCUCUCGCCUGCCUCCUCGUUCUCUGCACUCGAUCAAGACGACGAGAGCUCCUCACUCUUCUCCUGCUCGUCUCUCUCGUCUGCGGGCUCUUUUGGUGACGGCGUGUUUACUUCCUUCGCGUCUACGUCCCUCUUCUCCGCAGGUGCGGGCGGCGAGCGCAAGUCGAAACCCAAGACGGAGAGCUCAGCCGAGCGAGGCUUCGCGCUCUCCUUUGGCGUCAGCGCGACUGUCGGCAGAAGACAAAAAAUGGAGGACACCACGCGGGUCGUGCCAUGCUUCCUUGACGGCGGUGCGGCAUACUUUGCAAUGUUUGAUGGGCACAAUGGGAGCGAUUUGGCGCUUUUCGCGGCGCUGCACAUGCACUCGCUGCUCGAGGAGACGCUCGAGGCGUCCUCCUCGCCGUGCUCAGUCGCGUCGCUGACCAAGGCGACCAUCCAGCGCUCACUCGUAGACGUGUUCCAUCAUCUGGAUCGGAGCUACGAGAGGCAGAAUCCUCGCGCAGCCGAUGGCGCGACGGCGCUCGUCAUGGUGGUGCGCUGGCUGGAAGACCGACGCUGUCUGAACCAGCGCCGGCGGAAGGGAGAGGCCCGUGGAGACGGCGCGCACAGCGCGCGUGGCGACUCUGCCGAGGAGGAGAAGCGCCGCAAGAAAGUUGAAAUCCACGUCGCACACGCAGGCGACACGCGCGCCGUCCUGGGCUCCAUCCUCAGCGGGCGAAGGAGCGGCUUGCGAGGCGACGCCGAGGAGGAAGCUGCCGCCGUGAGAAAAACCAAAGUGAAGGCCGAGAGACUCACACAUGACCACAAACCGAACAGAGAAGACGAACGCAGACGCAUCGACCGACACGGCGGGACUGUCAUCGAUCUCGGGUGUCCGCGCGUGAUGGUCGGCUCUGUUGACAUGGCGCUCGCCGUCUCGCGAUGUCUAGGAGAUUUCGCGCUGAAGCGCUGCUCCGAGCACAUCGUCCUGGCGACUCCUGAUGUCUCUUCAAGAGAAAUCGAGUCUGGGCGCGACUCGUUUAUCGUGAUUGCGAGCGACGGCCUGUGGGACGUGCUGACUGAUGAGGAAGCCGCUAAGUUGAUUCAGCGCCGAAUCGAUGCAUUCUUCAACGAGAAACCCAAGCAGCACGAGACAUCGGAGAGCCAGAGAGUUGCAGACGCGCGAGUCGCGGCGCGGGAGACUUGCAAGGCGCAAACCGAGCAGCAGGUCGCGCCGCCAGCGGAGAGGCGAGACGGAUGGUACGACGAAGGCGAGGAAGCGAACAGCGAAGAAAAAGAAUCUGGAACUUGGUGGAGUCGCAGCCGGUGCCGAAGCGACGCGGGGCGUCGAGAGGACGCGAGCGCCGAGGCUGCGCCAGAAAAAGCUGAACAAGACAUCGAAGCUGAGGACGCGGAGGCCUUCGAAGACUACGUGCCGAAGGCGGUCCUUGAGAAGGCGGCGAACGACUUGAUCAAAGUCGCGCUCGCGCGCAUGUCGCAGGACAACAUUUCUGUCUUAAUUCUCCACUUUGCGUGGACGCGGAAGAAAACCGCGUGA